AUGACGUCACAAAAUAAAGUAAUGCAAAACAAAUGCAGCUUCGAAGAUGCCUUAGAUAUCAGCGGUUUCGGCAUGUACAACAUCUCGAUGCUGCUGGUGUGCUGCGUGCUCAUCCUGGCGAUGUACAUCGACAUCUUCGGCUUUUCCGUGUUGCUGCCGAGCGUGGCCUGCGACAUGGACUUGACAGCGGCACAGCAGGGGCUGCUUUCUGCCAUACCUUUGAUCGGUAUAAUGAUCUCGUCGUACGCGUGGGGUCUGUGCGCCGACACACUGGGGCGAAGGAAGACCCUCCUCAUAGCUAUGCCCAUAGGAGUGGCGUUCAACCUGCUGGCCAGUAUCUCUCCUAACUUCACUGCCCUAUGCGUUUUUAAGUUCCUGUCGGCUGGAUUCUCAUCAUCAGCGAACGCAGCCGCCUUCGUGCUGCUCGGUGAGACGGUUCCUCGACAGAAGAGGAGUCGCUUCAUGUUCCUGAUGGCCAGCGCCACCAUGUUUGCACAACUGAUAAUAAGCCUACCCGCAUUGCCAAUCUUCGAGCUGCGAUUUAACAUCGAUGUGCCAUUUUUGGGUUUGGAAUACCGUCCGUGGAGGCUUCUGAUGCAGGUGCUGAGUCUACCGGGCCUGAUGGGUGUCAUUGGCUUGAUCUUCCUUAAGGAGAGUCCCAAAUUCCUUCUCAGUGAGGGUAAUGAAUCCAGAGCGAUCUAUGUAUUACAGACCAUGUACAGUACCAACACCAAAAUGGAGAAACAAUCUUACCCGGUGAAAACAAUAUUCCUAGAUAUAUCAGACAUGAAAACCACCUCCGGAUCUUUGUUAAAGCGAAUGUGGGACCAGACUGCUCCCCUGUUCAAACCUCCACUACUCAAGAAUUCUCUGAAACUUUACUUCAUACUAAUGUGCGCUUACGUGACAUCGACUGGCUUUGCAAUGUGGGUGCCUACGAUUACCAACGCAUAUUUCACUGGAGAUGACAGGGAGGGGAAAACUUUUUGUGAAGUGACUGGGAGUUUGUCCGCAACUGGUCGAGCAGACGCUAACUCUACCAUCGUAAGAAACUGCGACGACGCCGUCAAACCUAGCGCUCUGUAUGCCGUGAUGGUAUACUCCAGUCUCUGUGGCUUCCUCAGCCUGGUGCUGACCUUCAUCGUGGGCAUCCUGGGCAAGAAGAAGACCACUCUUCUGAUGAUCGCCAUCUCCGAGGUGUGCGGCGUCAUGCUGUUCUUCGUCAGGUCGCCCAUGCUCAGCAUCUUCCUCUUCUUCAUGUUCCCCUACGUCGCCCUCAUCCUGGGCAACAUGAACAGCUACCUGGUGGAGCUUAAUCCCACCUAUUUGAGGGGGAUGGCCACUUGUCUAUCGGUGGUGGUGGCCCGCGGGUUCGGCUUCAUCAGCGUGCAGCUCAUCGCCAUGUUUCUCAGUGACCACUGCGUGCCUAUGCUCUCUGGUUACAUCAUUCUUGUGUUUUUGGGAUUCAUCACGGCGUUUUUCCUACCACCGGAUACUAAGAAGCCGAAAGCUGUCAAAAUCGAUAUGCCCGAAGAGUGAAGAGAAAAUUUUCAGGCAUCGAGGAUAAGUAUACUUAAACAGCGAUCACUCGCA